UUACUUUCUCCCUUCAAUAUGAUCUGAUCUUCUUCCUCUUCCUCGGCUUACUUUCGCUGUCAGUUUAGUAACUACUCCCAUGGCUUCCACCGAAGCCCUAACUCUCACCUCUUCCCACCUCUUUUGCACCGCCGAAAAGUCUUUCCACCACCAUCCCUCCCCACCUCCGCUCUCCCUCUCUCCUUUUCCCUCAUCUUUCCCACAAUCCAAACAUAUUCCCAAGACUCGUUUUCUCGUCGACGCCUUUCGCUACGCCGGCGACCACUCCGUCUCCUAUUUCCUCUCCCAUUUUCACUCCGAUCACUACAUCGGCCUCUCCCCCAAUUGGUCUAAGGGCAUCAUCUUCUGCUCCCAAACCACUGCUCGCCUUCUCGUUCAAGUACUCAAGGUACCUUCUGUUUUUGUUUUCGCAUUGCCUCUUCGUGAAUCUGUAAUAAUUGAUGGAAGUGAGAUUGUACUUAUUGAUGCGAAUCACUGCCCUGGUGCUGUACAAUUCCUGUUUAAGAUUCCUUUUCCCAGCGGAAAUUUUGAAAGGUAUGUUCAUACUGGAGAUUUUCGCUUCUGUCAUUCAAUGAAGUCGGACAUUAUAUUACGGGAAUUUGUUGGUUCGGAUGCUAUUUUCUUAGACACCACUUAUUGUAACCCGAAAUUUGUCUUUCCAUCGCAAGAAGAGUCUAUUGAUUAUAUUGUUAGUGUGAUAGAAAGGGUUGCAAGUGAAAGCAAAGGUUCCAUGAAAGAUGUUUUAUUUCUUGUAGCUACAUAUGUUAUCGGGAAAGAGAAGAUUUUGCUCGAAAUUGCACGUAAAUGUAAUCGUAAGAUAUACGUGGAUGCUAAGAAAAUGGCUGUUUUGCACGUUUUGGGGUGUGAGGAAACUGAAAUCUUUACUGAGGAUGAAUCCGAAAGUGAUGUACAUGUUGUUGGUUGGAACGUGUUAGGUGAGACAUGGCCAUAUUUUAGGCCGAAUUUUCUUAAAAUUAAGGAAAUUAUGGUUGAGAGAGGGUACUCUAAGGCCAUUGGAUUUGUUCCCACUGGGUGGACAUAUGAAGUGAAGCGCAACAAAUUUUCAGUUAGGUCGAAAGAUUCAUUUGAUAUUCAUCUCGUACCAUAUAGUGAGCAUUCGAAUUACGAAGAGCUUAGGGAAUAUGUUAGGCUUUUGAAACCAAAGCGUGUUAUUCCUACAGUUGGCUUGGAUGUUGAAAAACUUGAUGGAGAGCAUGCUAACAAGAUGAAAAAACAUUUUGCAGGAUUAGUUGAUGAAAUGGCCAACAAGCAAGAAUUCUUGAAGGGUUUUCAUCGAGGGUAUUGUGAAGUGAGUGAUAAAGAUGGAAAGGACACCAACAAUGGUCCAAGCAAGGAACUGCACCUGGACAAAAAGACAGAGUCCUCUAUUUUGAAAGUUGAUGAAAAUAAUGAUAUAGGUUUUGGUUUUGAAUCGUCACUCCCACUGCAAGAAUCUGAUUCACAAAAUAUAAUGGUGUUAAGUGAUGAGGAAGUGGAGAAAACCCUUCAGGAACUUCGUGAUUGUUUACCCUUGUGGGUUACACGAGACCAGAUGUUGAAUCUUAUUGCAACCUCUAGUAGGGACAUUGUUCAAUCAGUUUCCACCUUCUAUGAGCAUGAGACAGAAUUCCAUGAACAAGCACGGGCUUGUUCAACUUCUAGUUCUACAUCCCAGAUCAACUUGCUAAAUGACUCUACACCCCUUUUGCAAACAACCAUUAAAAAUAAUAGUCCUUCUGGGAAGAUUGAGGCUCCUUUAACUCAAGAUUAUAAGGUUGUCAACAUAAGGCAAAUACUUAAAAGUGGUGUUUCACUUUCACCUGGAAAGAGGAAGAAGACUAUUGAAACUAAGCAAAACAAGAAAGUAAACUUGAAGGCUAAGUCAGAAACAAGUGGAUUGGUUAGUGGUGCUUCUGCUGGAAAAAGGAAAAAUAAUAUUGAGAAUAAGCAAAACAAGAAGGUAAAAUUAAAGUCUAUGUCAGAAACAAGUGGAUCGAAACAGCCAACAAUAACAAAGUUCUUUAGUAAAGUUUUGGCUAAUGGUUCUCAAGGUGCUGAUACAACCUUGCAUGAUAAAAUCCCUGAAGAUGAAAAUUUGUCUAGUGAUGACACCAAACAAUACAAGAAAGAGAUAGAUCAGUUUAUUAAGAUAAUAAAUAUGAAUGAAUCGUUGAGAAGUUAUGCUGCCAUGAUCGUGGAAAAGACAAAGGGAGAUAUUAAUCUGGCUCUUGAUAUUUACUACAGUAAUCCUGAGGGUGCACAUGGUGGGAGUGAAGUUGGUUUGGACACUAGCAGACAUUCACAGCUCCAGUGCAGUAUUAUCAGCAGAUCUUCUGGCCAAAAGAAACUUGCAACAGAAAAUUUGGGGAAAAAAAUUGAAUAUUCAACACAGGAAUUGUUAUUGGACAAUGCAGACACGACAUCUGUAUCACUAUCUCCGGAAAAGUACAAUCCGGUGGAGCAUGCUUGCUGGAGGGAUGGACAGCGGGCUCCAUAUUUACAUCUUGCACGGACUUUUGACUUGCUUGAGAAUGAAAAAGGGAAGAUAAAGGCUACUUCUAUGCUCUGCAAUAUGUUCAGAAGUUUGCUGGCCUUGUCUCCUGAGGAUGUGCUGCCUGCAGUGUAUUUAUGCACAAAUAAGAUUGCUGCUGACCAUGAAAAUAAGGAGCUAAAUAUUGGAGGUGGCUUGGUAACAUCAGCACUGGAAGAGGCAUGUGGGACAAGUCGGUCAAAAUUAAGGGAGAUGUACAAUGACUUGGGUGAUCUAGGUGAUGUUGCUCAAGCAUGCCGUCAAACACAGACAUUACUUGCUCCACCUUCGCCACUUCUGAUAAAAGACUUAUUUUCUACUUUACAAAAGAUAAGUGUACAAACAGGCAGUGGAAGUACAUCAAGGAAGAAAAACCUUAUUUUGAAUCUCAUGCGGUCUUGUAGAGAGAAGGAGAUGAAGUUUCUAGUUAGAACUUUGAUUAAAAAUUUACGCAUUGGAGCUAUGAUGAGGACUGUCCUCCCUGCACUAGCUCAAGCAGUUGUUAUGAAUUCUUCUCCCCAUGAAAGCUCAAAGGAUGAGCUUCAGAGCUUUUCAGGAGCUGUUGUUGAAGCAUACAAUGUGGUUCCUAGUUUGGAAUUAAUUGUCCCUUCUCUAAUGAACAAUGGAAUUGGGUUUUCAUCAUCUACUAUGUCAAUGAUUCCAGGAAUACCUAUAAAGCCAAUGCUUGCAAAAAUCACCAACGGUGUUCCACAAGCAAUGAAGCUCUUUCAAAAUAAGGCUUUUACUUGUGAAUACAAAUAUGAUGGUCAACGUGCACAAAUUCACAAGCUACCUGAUGGAUCUUUUCAUGUGUUUUCACGAAAUGGGGAUGAAUCUACCUCAAGAUUCCCAGAUCUUAUUGAUAUAAUGAUGAAAUCUUGUAAGCCUGAUGCAGUUACCUUCAUACUUGAUGCAGAGAUUGUCGCAAUUGAUAGAAAGAAUAGCUGCAAAAUCUUGUCAUUUCAAGAACUAUCUUCACGUGGGAGAGGCAGCAAGGAUACCUCAAUUACAUUGGACAGCAUAAAGGUCGACAUUUGCGUAUUUGUCUUUGAUAUCAUGUUUUCGAAUGGACAACCGUUGUUAACUAUUCCAUUACGCCAAAGACGAAAAUACUUGAGGGAUUUGUUUUUGGGUGAAAAGUUGGGAUAUCUUGAAUAUGCAAAUGAAAUGACAGUUGAGCCAGAUGAUACUUGUUUAAGAAGUGAAAGCACAUUAACAAAGAUAAGUUAUUUUCUUGAAAAUGCAUUCCUAUCCUCUUGUGAAGGAAUUAUGGUUAAGUCUCUGGAUGUUGAUGCUGGAUAUUCUCCAUCAAAGCGUGUUGACACAUGGCUCAAGGUCAAGAGAGAUUAUGUUGAUGGACUGAAUGACUCACUUGAUUUAGUCCCAAUUGGUGCUUGGCAUGGGAAUGGAAGAAAGGCAGGAUGGUACAGUCCUUUUCUCAUGGCAUGUUACAAUCCUGAUACUGGAGAAUUUCAGAGCGUUUGCCGGGUCAUGUCUGGGUUCUCUGAUUCCUUCUACACAGAGGUAAAUGUGGAUGUUAUGAAAAGUUUCUUUUCUGAGGAAAAGAUCUUGUCCAAAAAGCCACCUUACUAUGGAACUGCUGAGGUGCCUGAUAUGUGGUUUUCUCCAGAACUCGUGUGGGAGAUAAGAGGUGCUGAUUUUACUUUGUCCCCUGUUCAUGAGGCUGCCUUUGGUCUAGUUCAUCCAUCUCGUGGCAUUUCUAUCAGAUUUCCGAGAUUUAUUGGCUCUGUUUCUGACAGAAAUCCUGAAGAAUGUAGCACAGCUGCAGAUAUAGCCGAGAUGUUUCAUUCUCAGACUCGGAAAAUGGAUGUCAUGCCUGAAGAUUAAGUUGUCUUUAUUUAUUUUUACUGAUGUUGUAAUUAAGAUGAUUUUAUUAGUUAGAAGUUUAAAACUUUAUAUACGGCAUAAAGGUUGAUUAGUUCAAAAUUUUGAAAUGCGCAGGUAUAUGGGGGUUUGAAAUGAAUGCAUUUUUGCCUUUUUGUAAGUUUGUAAAUGUAUAUAGCUACGAGCUUUGUUUCACACUAAGCUUCAAAUAAAGUGUAUUUAGGAUA